CGGCUGCGCGCCUCUCUCCGCCCCAACGGCAGGCGCCGCGGGCUGGCCCGCCCUCACGGCCGCGCCGAACCACCCCCGCCGCGUCGCGCGUAGCAGGGCGCGGUGACCGGCGGCGGCGAUGGCGGCGGUGGGGGGUGUCGAGGCGGGGGGUGCCGUGUCCGCGCUGCGGCCCCGGCUGGCGGCCCUGGGCCGGCGGCUGGCGGGGCCCAGGGAAGCGGGCGGCGACGAAAGAGUCUCGCCUCCGGAGCAGCGCGGUUGGUGCCGACCCAGGCUUCCGUCUGGAGGCUCUGUCUGGAGACUCUUCUGUGGAGCAGGGCGUCUGAGGCCUAAAAUGUGUACCUGCGCGUUGACAAGUUGUGCUUUUGGUGCUAUCUUAGACAUUACUUAUUUUGAGGAAAACCAGCUUGUGGAUGAAGAUUUCCCAGAAGAAUCUUCCUUGCAAAAAGUUAAAGAACUUACUUGUAUUCUUUCAGAACCAGAAGAUCUACUGAGGGAAUGCAACAUAAAUGAAGAACCCAUCAAGAUCCUUGGUGCAGAGUUGUUAGAGUGUCUUUACUGGAGAAAAGGAGCCCUGCUUUACAUGUAUUGUCAUACAGCAAAAGAAAGGAGUGAAUGGCUGCGAGAAAACAUUGCCAUAUUUAAAAAGUGUCUUAAUGAUGGAGUUCAUUACUUGAUGAAGAUGCUUAGCUUUAGAUGCCCUCUUCAGCUAAAUGAAGAUGUCUCACUUCAAGAUAAAGACACAGCUAGAUUACUCGGUGAAGGUAUAUUUAGUGACACUCACUUACUGGCGAUCAUGUACAGUGGAGAAAUGUGCUUCUGGGGACUGCGACACUGUGGAGAAGGGAAGCAGGAAAGCCUUGAGACAAUAGAUCCUGUCUCUAACAGCGACCUGGGCUGCAGAUCACAGAGCGUGUCGCUGGAUUUCCAAGAAAUGGGCAAAAACAUGUUAACAAAGUAUGUGGCUGUAUGUGAGGGACCUUUAAAAGGCCAAGGGUGGAACACAACAACUGCAAAACAAAUGUUGUGUUACUUUGUGAAAUCGCACAACUAAAAUACACUGCUUUGGCUGUGCUGGAACAAACUUUUGUGUCCGAAGAGCACGCUUAGGGAGUUGGUUUCCACUUCAGUGUCUGACCGUUCUUUUUAUCAAAAUGUAUACUUUUGUUGCAUUAAAAACAUCCAUUCAAAGAACUCCUGGACUACAGGUCCAAAGUCUAAUCAAGUAUUU